AUGCUAAUAGAAACGAAGCUAGACUUCUGGUUAUAUGGACCAGACCACAUUCAAGCCAGGGAAAAAUACCCGCAAUCAGGUUACAAAUACGAUUCAGCCGCGGAUCAAGAAAAGGUGAAAAAACCAAAGGCCCUGCUCAUAGCCACCAUAGGAAAAGAGUGUAACGAUUACAUCUCUGAAUAUCCGUACCACAAUUCUUACGAGAGAACGAUAAGGCAUUUUGUAUGGAUAAAUCGAGCAAUACGUAACAUGAGAAAAACGGACGACAUCUCUUACGAGAAGAAAACAGGUCCACUCACUACUGAGGAAGUGGAAGAAGGGCUGUUGCUAACAGUCAAAAUUAUGCAAGCCACCAUCUACCCAAAUGAGGUGGCACUAAUAAUGAAAUCUGGAGAGGUACCGUCGAAAGGACCUUUUCAGCACUUGAAUGCUUACGUAAAAGACGGCGUAAUAUACGUAAAGGGCAGACUUCAGAACGCUGAGACGUCUGCAUUUCAGAACGAUCCAAUCUUGCUCCCGAAAUCACAUCCAUUCACAAGAGUCAUUAUACGAAAUAUUCACGAGAAGAGAUUUCACGCUGGAACAGAUUUGGUGAUGAGCGAAUAUCGACGGAAAUUCUGGAUGAGAGACCUCCGAAGAGCAAUCCGAGGAGUGAUUCAACGUUGUAUGUUAUGCGCCCGAGCGCGCCCCAAGCGAUUGCAACAGCAAAUGGGACAAUUGCCAGCACCAAGGGUGAACGAAUCACCGGCGUUCACUCACACCGGAGUGGAUUUAUGUGGUCCAUUCGAAGUAAUCAUGAGUUCAAGAUCAAAAAGUAAGAUAACGGCAUACGCAUGCAUAUUCAUUUGUUUCGCUACGAAAGCAGUUCACCUGGAAGUCGUCGAAGAUCAAUCGGCGGCUGCAUUCAUAUCGGCAUUGCUCCGAUUCACAUCAGUCAGAGGAGUUCCCGAAGUCAUAUACUCAGACAACGGGCGCAAUUUCAUAGGAGCUAGCAGAGAGCUCAAUCACCUACGUAAGAUUUACAACGAGGAAGUGUUUCAAAACAAACUUGUUAACGACGCAAUGGAUCACGGAAUACGAUUCUCAUUCAUCCCACCCCGAAGUCCGAACUUCGGCGGACUAUGGGAAUCAAACAUAAAAGUAGCAAAACGAUUAUUCACCGCAGCGGCAAAAGGAGUCCAGCUGAAUAUAUUGGAACUGCAAACAUUGUUUUACCGAGUAGCCGCGAUAAUGAAUUCGCGCCCGCUAACCACUGUUUACACUGCACCAGACUCACCAGUUCCUCUCACACCUGGCCAUUUCUUGAUAGGACGACCAUUACUGGAGGUGCCUAUACCUACGCAAGGUGAGGAUCGUAGGAACCUCACUACCAGAUGGAAACGAAUUCAAUCGCAGCUCGAGCAAUUCUGGAAAAGAUGGAGAGAUGAGUAUCUCCACCAAUUACGAAAUUAUGCCAAGUGGACUAAGCAACAAUCGAACGUUGAAGUGGGUCAAGUCGUUUUAAUCGGAGACGAUCACAUCCCCGUAGCGAGAUGGCCUAUGGGAAUUGUUACGCAAAUUCAUCCUGGAGAAGAUGGAAUAGUCCGAGUGGCGGUAGUGCGAACCUCCUCCGGAAUUUACAAACGCAACGUGCGCACAUUUGCUCCUCUACCAGUUGAGGAGCCCAUCAUUCAACCCAUCAUAGAAAAAUACGAUGGCGCGGCCAACAAUGAACAGCAACCUCAAGACGAAAUGAUAGAAAUUGAAGAUGAUCCCCCGCCGCAAGCACCAAGAGAAAUUUGGGACGACAGACUACGCCCUCGUCCCAAAGGGGGGAGAAAAUGGAAGUGUACAAAAUCAGAAUAG